GCUUCGUGACACGCAGCGCGCGUUGUCCCGCGUCACCGUGUUUCUCUAUCGUUCUUGGUGUUUUAUUAUCGCGUGUAUGUGCUCUCAGUGCUCGUAUCUCGCGGUAGUUUAGUGAUAACGAAAAUAUUUAAAUAAAAAAGCCAGCCAGUCGAGAGAGAUCCGAGUCACCGAGUCGCAGGUAGACGCGGACGGGUUUCGGAGCCGAGUCCAGCGAUCGAGUCACGUUCGUCGCGAGCCGAAAUCCUCGGGUACCGAAGGAGUCGCUACUCGGACUAUGCCGAGACACGGUCAGCCGGUCACGCGAACGCAGCGUGCUCGCGUGGACCUGGUGUUUGGGUCGCCGAGCGGCGACUGAAGCCGCGAUACGGGAUGCGAAGGAUCCCGCGGUUGUCGCCGGCGAACGUUGCCAGAAGGAGAAGAAGGGCGCCAGGAUGGGCGGGAGACGAGGACCGCUGGUCCGCGACGUAGGUGUGCACCGCGACGCCGACGACGUGACGGCCACGUGCCCCCGCGGAUACGUCGAUGGCCGCUGGCAUUAACUGCGUUUGGUAUACUCGUCCUUAGGUAGAUUAGUCGAGCGAAUCGGUGACCGCAUAAACAGGCUCAAGCCGAGUGUGUGAUCAGUGUCCCUGGUGAUCGAUUGCUAAAGUGCACCGUGACUUCGGGGAUCUUUGGUGUUCUUGGUUCUUCGAUAGUUUCGACAGGGUAGUUUUUUUAGCUUGGGACUUCCCGACUUGGCGCGGGGACUCUGGUGGUGGUUCGAUAGAUGCGAACAGGUGGCACGCAGAGUGUAUUCCGGCAGGUUCGCGAAAGGGAAUCCCGCCGCCAGUGGAGAACGCUGCUGGCUGUUUAACGGUGGAUGAAACGAACGGGCUGGUAUCGAGAAACUUGAAACGGUCGUGGCACGAGGUGUGUGCCGUCCCUUCCGUCCGUGCGCGUACCGAGGGCACGUGGUUGCUCGAGUCGAGGCCGGUGAAGUAUACCGCAAAGUGCAGUGAUCCCCCUCGUGAUUACUCAGCGUGAUCGAUGAGGUUCUGAGUGGGGUCCGAAUUGUACGGUCGAACCGGCGAAGGAGAAUCGAGAGAGUCCCCGGUGAUCGUGAAAAUUUUUUGGCGAACGGAGAAGGAAAUUGCCGCGCUCCGUGGCCUAAUCAUCAGACCGGCGGGAGUUCGAGGAGAGGGUGAAGGGCGUCGUGGAGGGGGGAGUGAUGCCGGUGAGGGUGGCACAGCGCCCCCCAGGUGGAAUACCACUCCACGCCGGCGUGCCGGUAGCGGCCAGCAGCGUAACCGCCCCCGGUCCGUCGGGCCGGUGCCUCGGGGGCCCGGCAGCGCCCCCCGCCGGCUCGCCACCGCUGCCGCCGUCCUUGCAAUCCCUCGGCGGCGGCGUGAGCAACGCCACCAGCAGCGCCCCUGGCGCCGCCAGCAACGGCAACAGCAACGGUAACGGCCUGAACAACAACAUAGUCGGUGCGAACAGCAGCCAGGGCAUCGGGAGCACCGGCGGUCUGGGUGUCAACACGACCAGCGGCGCCACGAAUCCCUUGCAGGCGAUGGCGUCGGCAGCGGCCUCGCUCACACAGCUGAACAACAUGGCGAAUGGACCGCUGCCGCCGCUAGGGGCCACAGGACCGACCGGACCACCUAGUUUACCUCCGCCCCAGCCGGCGACCACGCCGACUCAUGGGGGUCCACCGACGCCGCACGCCGGCGUCACCGGUGGACCCCAUCUCAACGGAGCUUCUCCGAGUCCUCACCCUAUGCCGCCCCACGGAAUGAUGACCGGUUCUCCUCAUGCCCCGCACCCCCAUAUGGGCGGCGGAGGACCCUCGCCUCAUCCUCAUCACCCUGGCCCCCACAUGGUUGGCUCGCCACACCAUCCUGGACCGCAUCCCAUGGUCCCAGCCGCUGGCAUGAUGGGCCCUGCUGGCAUGCAGCCCCAAGGGGCACCCGGGAUGUGCGGUCCGGGGCCCACCGGCCCUAUGGGCCCUCAUGCUCAUCCUCAAGGACCUGGAGUGCCUGGGCAACCGCACAUGCACAACGACCCCUUUUACUGCUCGCCUUUUGGAUCCCACUACUUCAGAUCGUUGCCUGUCCCCAGGAGGCAUACUCCGUACUUUGGCCAGCCGGACUACAGGCUCUACGAGUUGAACAAGAGGUUACAGCAGCGCACCGAGGAAAGUGACAACCUCUGGUGGGACGCAUUCGCGACCGAAUUCUUCGAAGACGACGCGACCUUAACCCUCACGUUCUGCUUGGAGGAUGGUCCCAAGAGAUAUACGAUAGGCAGGACGUUAAUACCUAGGUACUUCCGCUCGAUAUUCGAGGGCGGAGUGACGGAACUUUACUACAAUUUGAAGCACCCGAAGGAGUCAUUUCACAAUACCAGCAUAACCCUCGACUGUGAUCACUGCGUAAUGGUCACGCACCACGGAAAGCCGAUGUUCACUAAGGUAUGCACGGAGGGUAGAUUAAUAUUGGACUUCACCUUCGACGACCUUAUGAGGAUAAAGUCGUGGCACAUGUCGGUGAGGACGCACAAGGAGCUGGUGCCUAGGUCCGUGGUCGGUAUGCAACAAGACCCCACGAUGCUCGAGCAGCUCAGCAAGAACAUCACCAGGCAGGGCAUCACCAAUUCCACCUUGAACUACCUUAGGUUAUGCGUGAUCUUGGAGCCGAUGCAGGAGCUAAUGUCGAGGCACAAGGCGUACGCGUUGUCACCGCGGGACUGUUUGAAGACGACCUUGUUCCAGAAAUGGCAGAGGAUGGUUGCCCCGCCGGGUAAGAGAGAGUCCCAGAGGCCGGCCAGCAAAAGAAGAAAGCGAAAGGGGAGCACGUCGGGCCCGGGGAACAACGCGCCGCCCGCGCCGAGCAAAAAGAGAUCGCCGGGGCCUAAUUUUUCUCUGGCGUCACAGGACGUAAUGGUCGUGGGUGAACCGUCGCUGAUGGGAGGCGACUUUGGCGACGAGGACGAACGGCUAAUCACAAGGUUGGAAAACACGCAAUACGACGCCGCGAAUAGUUUGGACCCGCACAGUCACGAUACGUCCGGCGGACCACCCCCGCAUCCUCACCAAUUCCACUCGGAACCAACACCGGGAAACUCUUGGCCGCCAGAUCGCGGUCCUGGCCCGCCACAGGGAGGACCCGGUAGCCAGGGUGUGCAAGGCGGUCAAGGGGGCGCGCAAGGAGGUGUACAGGGAUCGCAGGACGCCAGUCAGCAACAACAAGAUAAGAAGAGCCCCGCGGUGAGCCAGUGAGGCCAGGAGUCCCCGCGCCUCCCCACCAGGGGGCGACGGGGGCGCAGGCCCAAGAACGUGGCUCCCUAGCGGGGCGAGAACCCUAACCUCCCUGGCGCGUACCUGGCCUCGGCUGGCCCCGCAGCUGGUCGGUUUUCGCACGUAGGCGUCGGCGUCGGCGUUGGCGUCC